UUCAGAAUCAGGUAUACAAAUAUGUAGAAACACUGAGCAAAAUAGAGUGCAGCGCAAAGCUGUCAUACAGCGCUCAUGCUAACACAGCAUGCACCAUGCAUCAUCUCACAGUUAAGCAGUUAAACAUUUUUACUGCUUCUUUUAAUAGUUUUACACUACAGCUCAUUGCUAAAACGUUGGCCAAUGACAUGGUGACUUGUUCAAAAACUAUCAGUUGAGAGGAUAAUAACUAUGGCUACACAGUCGGCCUUUCUUUUCUAAUUCAUAUUCAUUACUUGCUAGUCUGUAUUAACACACAUAACUAGCUAACUAGCUCAACACUCAGUAUUACAUUAUGCUAGUUACAACAUUUUAGCCUAGUCAAUUAUGUUUCCGGGCAGCUCGUUGGAGCUUCUACUUUCCCUAUGGGUUAGCUAAUGAAUUUAUCAUUUGUCCACCCCUAUAUACGUGUAACCUUGUGCCAUUUUUUUUUUUUUUAAAUUAGGAGAGUGCAAACAAGACUUUCUGAUAUAUUCCCUGUCACGAUUUUUUUUGUGUCUAUAAACAGUUUAUUCUUUUUUUUUCUUGAAUUACAGGAAGCAUACAAGAAAAGUUUUGUAUUAGUUUUUGAUAAAUGAUGACAUAACAGUUCUUGGUGGUGUAUUACUGGCCCUGCUGUACAUAUAGUUAAUCUGUAUUUUUUUUUCUCCUCUGCCUGGUGAAUGCAGUAGAUGCAGCAUGUGCUGGUCCGCUCAUAAAAAGGUCGCGUUGGGGUUUAAAUCAAGUCUGGCCGCGACUGUAAUGGAAAGAACAAGAGUGAUGCAAACGUGUGCUGUGUAGUAUUUUAAGACUCGGUUAUGACUCAUUCUCCGCUGUCAUCUGUUCUCUCGCUCGAUAAACGUGGGCUGCUUCACUUUGCUUUGAAGGAAGAAAUGACCGGAGCUUUUAUUCCCAGCAUGUUUCUUGUUUUUCUCCUAUGGUUAAAUGCCUCCUGGAGUGCGUCAGGGCUCAUGAGAGUGCGAGCGCUUUAUUUGCAGUGAAAAUUCUCGAUGCUGGAAAUCCAUUUCCCUUGGUCUUUGAGAGAGCAGACUGAGGAAGCAGGCUCAUCAAAGGUGUCUGAGUUGUAUUUGGAGAAAGUAAAUACAGUGCAAACAGUUGCACAUGGUUCAUUUAUUGUGUUCUAUCAAGGUACAUGUACAAGUCUGGAUCAGAAUGAGUCAGGCGAAGUUACUUUGGGUUAAGCCAAGGUUACCUUAAUGUGAACCAGAUAUCUUGGUAACCUAUGAACCCAGGGCUUGUACUUUCUGGAUUUGGGCCAUAUAUUUUUGAUGUGUAGACAUUGUGCUAAAAUGUUCUGAUAUCGGCUUGGUAUCUCCUCUGGGAUACCGGUGUGUGAGACAUGAAGCAGCUGCAGCCAGGACUCUCUUGAAUUCGCAGUGUGUGAAGUCAUGCCCAUGACAGUUAUAUCACCGUGUGGACGCCAUUUCAGACCGGAGCUGAAGUUUUAGAUCGUUUAAAAAGCUCGGACAAAUGCUUUUAACAUUUUCCAAGUGAUGUUCCAAGUCUUCAGCUUUCUUUUUCCAUUUUUCCCUCAAACACCAAAAGGUCACCAGUUGUGCUGCUCAAAUACCUUCCUUCCUAUCUCAGCUGUCUUGUCUGGUCGUGGAACGGUCAGUUCUUUUGGCCGACUGUUGGUUUGUGUGACUACAAAUGUCUCCCGAAUUUUUACUGAUCUCAUAAAAUAUCUUGUAAAAUUUGGAUCUUUUUACACGAGUAACGAGCUAGUAGCACUGUUUGAGCCAGCUCCUCCUUCAAGACUCGGAAAGCACAGACUGGAUUCAUUCACUGAAUUGUACACUGAUCAUCAGUGGAAGACAAAAAAGAUCUCAGAAAGGCAGAGAAAGCAGCAAUGGAGGCAAGACGCAGAGGCAAGAGCAUGCAAGAGAACAUUCUGGACAGCAUCUAUUUGGAUAGCUCUGGGACAAAAGCACACACAGGGGUCUUGAAAACGAGGCAGUGGGUGGACAAAAGUUGCUGGAGCACUUCUUGGAUGAGACAUAAUAACUUGCGCUGUUGGCAGACUGUUGGCAUGGUGACUGGUUUAACAUUGGCAGGGGUGAUUGGACUCUUCCAUGCUUGGUAUGUUUAUUCCAUCCAUGAAAACCUGCUCUGGUUUUCACAGCUGGAGGAAGUGGAGCGUGAAAUCUCCUUUCGGACAGAAUGUGGCCUCUACUACUCCUACUACAAACAGAUGCUGAGCGCCUCAUCUAUACAGGAAGGUCUAUCUGAGCUCAUAAAUGACAACAAGACAGAGUCUAUGAGGACUAUUAAUAUUCUGCAGCGUAUGAACAUCUAUCAGGAGGUGUUGCUGAGUAUACUCUACAGGAUUCUACCCAUUCAGUCCUACCUCGAGCCAGUGUACUUCUACAUCUACACUGUGUUUGCUCUACAAGCAGUGUAUGUACUCGCUCUCUUCCUCACCACUUGGAUGCUCAGUGAUUCAUGGCUGGCUGGGACUCUCGCUGGAGUCUGGUACAUCCUCAACAGAGUAGACACAACACGUGUGGAGUUCACCAUCUCUCUGAGAGAGAACUGGUCUCUGCCGUUUUUUGCGCUACAGGUCGCUGCCAUCACCUGCUACCUGCGUCCUCAGCUCCGGCUGCAGCACCAGAGGGUGGUGCUUUGGCUGGUGUUUGUCUGCACGCUUUGUUUCUGUCUCACAUGGCAGUUUAAUCAGUUCAUCCUACUGGUGCAGGCCUUCCUCAUCUUCACUCUUGAUUCACUGGACUUUCUCACAACCGAGCAGGCGACGUCUCUGUACCUGGUACAAGUCGUGAGUCUGCUGUGUGUGUGGCUGCUGCACUUCUGUAACUCCAUGUUGCUGGGCUCACUGGUGCUCAGCUUCAUCGUGGCUGUGCUCUUCAUCAAACACUUCCAGACGGGACUGAAGACGGGAGGCUUUGUCAUGCGUGUAGGAAAGCUGGCUCUUCAUGUAGUCCUGGUGCUCGCAUUAACUCUCAUCAUCAAUUAUUCAGCCAAGCGAGUCCUGCAGCUGAGAUCGGACGAGCACAUCUUCAAGUUCAUAAAGGCUAAGUUUGGCUUGGGGGCUACAAGAGAUUUUGAUGCCAGUCUGUAUCUGUGUGAGGAGGCGUUUGGCUUGUUGCCGUUGGACACAUUUGAUCGUUUAGCUGCUACUCUGCUGCUGUACCCUUACCUCUGUACGCUCUCAGUACUCGUCAUCGUGCUGGCGCUUGCCGCUCUCACCAACCUAAGAGAGUUUGGAGCUGGAAGAACGUCUGGAGUCCCAGAGGAGACGGCAUUCAGCAUGCGUCCAGACGUUGCCUACAACCUCCUACACACGAUCUUCUUUGGCCUGCUGGCUUUCUCUACCAUGAGGAUGAAGUAUCUGUGGACCGGUCACAUGUGCGCCUUUGCUGCCUUUGGCGUGUGCAGUAAGGAGAUGUGGACGUUGUGCCUGCGAGUGAUCCAUUGCAACACUGAAGGAAAGCUAAAGUUGAUCAGGUACUCCGUUCCGGCCGUGCUGCUGGCAUUCCUUUAUUACAAGUUCUGGCCCAAACUGACAGAAGAACUUUCAGAGCUGAGAGAAUUUUAUGACCCGGACACUGUGGAGCUGAUGACAUGGAUUAGCUCCAAGACCCCCAAGAGUGCGGUGUUUGCAGGCAGUAUGCAGCUUCUGGCUGGAAUAAAGCUGUGCACAGGCCGAGUGCUGACCAACCACCCGCACUACGAGGACCAAGCACUGCGGGAAAGGACCAGGCAGGUGUAUCAGAUCUACGCACGUCAGUCUGCUGAAGAGGUGCACAGGCUCCUGCGGGCUGUAGGAGCAGACUACGUGGUGUUAGAGGACAGCAUUUGCUACGAGCGUCGUCACAGCCGUGGCUGUAGGCUGAGGGACCUGCUCGACCUGGCCAAUGGACAUAUCAUGGACGGACCUGGAGAGAACGACCCUGACCUGGUUCCAGCCUCUCACCCACGGUUUUGCCAAGCAGUAAAGACCGGUGAUCCACCCUACUCCACCCUCUUCACCCGUGUCUUUCACAAUAAAACUUUUAACGUCUACAAGCUAAAGAAAUCAAAGAAGAAAGGCAAAAAGGAUGGGGGUGCGUAGAUGAAGGACAGCACCUCCUCCAAAUCAGCCACCUGCCUCGCUGCUGCCUGUGAGGAAUGUUUAGUGAGUGACUGAUCACAGUAGGAGUGUGUGUGUGUGUGUGUGUGUGUGUGUGUGUGUGUGUGGACAGAUACCUGAUUAAUCUUGUGCAGGCAGAUGAUGUGGGGUAUGUAUGAGACUCUAAAGCAACAGGAGCUCAUGUUUAAAGAACAGCAAGAGAGAUAGAUAGUGAGUGAACAUGAGAUGAAAAAACAUUUUUUUCUUUCCCUUGCCGUCUGUUUUUUGUCUUUCCUUCAUCCUCAUUCCCUCGACAUGAGCUUAUGCAUUAAACAUGUUUACACAUAUGUUCUUAAGACAUAGUUAUUGAAAAGAAGCAUGUUACACUAUGUCCUUCUGUUUCCUCUACGCAUUUCUUCCAUUUCUCACGUACUGAAUGAGAUGUGUGGAAAAAAAAUGUGCCAUGGGUUUCAAAAAAAAAAAAAAAGAGAGAAAGAAACUCCAUGUGAUACUCAGAGAAUCUGUCUGAACUGUUGGGAUAAUUGUUGUCUUUACACUGUAGCUGGAGUCAUAGCUCACUGUCAGAGCACGUUUCCAUGCACAUGUCCACGAGCGUACGUCUGCUGCUCUCCCGAUCUUCUAACAGUGACUAAUAAGAGGCAGACUUGGUCACGGGUGCAGCACAAGUGCCAUAAAUUCUCACUGUAAUGCCUAACGGCUCUAGCACUGUGAAUAUCAUUGCUUUUUUGUUCCGUUUAAUUAGCUGGAGUGUAAUUUAGUGCUUGGCACAUUGCCAUGAGCGAUGGCAGAAGAACAAUGAAUUUGAAAUUUUUAAAAAUGUACAGUCUAUUGUGUAAGGCUCAGAUUAUAACUGGAUUAACAAAUGCUGGUAGAUUUAGUAUGAAUAUACCGCUUUCACUUGCAUAGACACACCUGAAGUGUGAAAUGGCUACAAACAUUUAUAUAUAAAUUAUAUAUAUAUAUAUAUAUAUAUAUAUAUAGUUUUUGUUUUUGUGAUUUUGCCUUUAUGCACCACCACUAUGGAUUUGAAAUAAAACAAUCAAGAUGUGAUCGUGUAGAGUGUAAAGAGUAGACUUUCAGCUUUAUUCUAAGAGGUUCCACAAAAAUAUGGCAUUUACCAUUUAGGAAUUACAGCCAUUUUCAACAAAGUACCUCCAUUUUCAGGGGUUCAAGGGUAUUUGGACAAAGUGACAUCAUUGUAAAUAUAUCCAUAAUUUUAAUACUUGGAUGAAAAUCAUUUGUAGUCAGUGACUGCCUGAAGUCUGGAGCCCAUGUUCUCAAAACUCAAAUGCUGAGUUUCCUCCCUGGAGAUGCUUUGCCAGGCCUUCACUGCAGCCACCUUCUGUUGCUGCUUGUUUGUGGGUCUUUCUGCCUUCAGUCUUGUCUUCAGUAAGUGAAAAGCAUGCUCUGUUGGGUUGAGAUCAGGGGACUGACUUGGCCAUUGAAGAAUAUUCCAUUUCUUUGCCUUCAAAAAGUCUUGAGUUGCUUUCGAAGUAUGUUUAGGGUCAUUAUCCACCUGAACUGUGAAGCGGCGUCGUAUCGGUUUUGAAGCAUUUGGCUGAAUGUGAGCAGAGAGUAUAGCCCUAUUCACCUCAGAAUUCAUCUUGCUACUUCUGUCAGCAGUCACAUCAUCAAUAAACACCAGCGAGCCCGUUCCAUUGGCAGCCAUACAUGCCCAUGCCAUAACACUGCCUCCACCAUGUUUGACACAUGAUGUGGUAUACUUUGGAUCAUGAGCUGUUCCUUUCUUUCACCAUACUUUUCUCUUCCCAUCAUUCCAGUACAAGUUAAUCUUGGUUUCAUCAGUCCAAAGAAUCUUAUUCCAGAACAUGGGAGGCUUUUUUAAAUGUUUCUGGCAAAGUCUAAUCUGGCUUUCCUGUUCUUGAAUGUUACCAGUGGUUUGCACCUUAUUGUAAACUCUCUGUAUUUGCAUUCAUGAAGGCGUCUCUUGAUUGUAGAUUUUGACAAUGAUACGCCUACCUUCUCCAGAGUAUUCUUGACUUCUGUUGAUGUUGUGAAGGGGUUUUUCUUCACCAAGGAAAGGGUUCUGCAAUCAUCCACUUUAGUUGUCUUCCGUGGUCUUCCAGGCCUUUAGCCACAACUAAGGUUUUUGCUGUCUCUCUUAUAGAUUUAUGUUGUUUUUUCAGCCUAAUGAUGGCCUCCUUCACUUGCAUUGAGAUCUCCUUGGACUUCAUAUUAGUAGCUCCAGUCGAACAGCUGCCAAAUGCCAACUCAGUACCUGAUAUCAACUCCAGACCUUUCAUCUGCUUCAUUUGUCUUGAAGUAAUGAGGGAAUGGACCGCACCUGGUCAAUUAACUUCUUGUCAGUCAAUUGUCCAAAUACCUUUGAGCCCCUGAAAAUGGAAGUACAUUGCUUAAAAUGGCUGUAAUUCCUAAAUAUUUGCCAUAUAUUUGUGGAACCUCAUAAAAUAAAGCUGAAAGUCUACACUUCGAUCACAUCUUGAUUGUUUUAUUUCAAAUCCAUUGUGGUGGUGUAUAAAGGCAAAAUCACAAAAACUCUGUCAUUAUCCAAAUACUUCCCGACCUAACUGUAUAUUGCAAGUAACGAAUCCAAGCUAAUGGUGUUCCUUAGUCUUUUUUGUUCCAUUAAGUCUGUUAAGUUUUUUAUGAAUUGGAUAUUUGCAAACGUUUUUCCAGUCAGCCCAGUGCAGCAGACAUGCAACCAAACUCUAAGCACAAUUCAGAGCAAUUUGGUUUUAAUGUAUUUCUCGGGCUAUUUCAGGCCCAGGGUGCUACUGAAAUACAUGUGUUAUGGAUUGCACCAUCAUGCCCUAAAUCCAUUCUUUGAUGUUCUCCACAACGUCUACAAUAGAAAUCCUCAAAAGACAUUCAGUAGUAUACAUUCAUACAUACACCUGCUUGGUCAUUUCAUAAAGAGAACCUCAGUUCAUGCUGAGUGAAAUCAACAGGCAGAAAUAAAGCUCUGUGUUAUGAUAGAGUUAAGGUACGAGAGCCCUGUGUUUUAUUACAGUACUCAUGGCACUGAUUACGAUGGAACAUUCCAAUUUAACGCUCUGAGGCCCUGAUUUACUAAAGGUGUGAGUGUGUCAAAAUGUGCAAGUUGAUUUAAUAACAGCCUCUGCAGAGGAUUGUGUUCUUUGAAUUAGCAAAAUAACGUUCAUUUUAUGUGUUUGCCCUAACAAAAUAUACAGUUUGUGGCAUAUUUUACCUAGAAGUGCAAAAUACAGGGUGUCUUGGCAAAUGGAUUUAUUUUCGUAACCUGAAAGUCACCUUGGGGAUGAUGAUUGCAUAGGCAAAUUAAUACAGCCAAAGGGCAGCAGUUAAAUUUGUGAAAGGCAAAAUAAAACCAGUUAGGAAGCCUUGAUAUGGGGAAUGUUUAUUGAAAUUUUAGUAUAGUAUCUCAAAAUAAUUGGAUUUCUCAGAAUCAUAUCUUAAUAGUACUAUGGUGAGUUUGAACUAGAUAUCCGCCAUUUAUUUGUGAAAAGAUUUUUAUUCACAUAUACAUCAUAGAACACAGCGUCACAUCUAUGUUUUAUUUUGUGUUCACAUUGUAUUUUGAACAGUUUUCACCUCCUGAAUUUAAUGUUGCUCUUCUUUUGGCUGCUCCCGUUAUGGGUCGCCACAGUGGAUCAUUGGUCCGCAUAUUUGAUUUGGCACAGUUUUUACGCUGGAUGCCCUUCUGACGCAACCCUCCCCAAUUUUAUCUGAGCUUGGGACCGGCACUGGGAGUGCACUGUCGUGUGUGUCUGUCUCAGUGGCUGGGGUUGGUUCCCUGGCUGGCAAUCGAACACGGGCCACGGUGGUGAGAGCACGGAGGCCUAACCUUUAAUCUGUAUUUAAUGUGAUGCAUAAUUACGCACAAGGGUGAACAAAUCACUAGGGAUAAGCAGACUUUGUGUCCAGGCUAAUUUAAAAAAAAAAAAAAAAAACACGUAGCACUGUGCAAGUAUAAUAUACAGUUGUGGAGUUGUGGAAAUAAAGAUGCUAUCCAGACUCAAAUAAUAUCUUAUACAUGUGAUGUGAGGACAGAACAGCACAGCUCAUAGCCAACGACCAACAACAUCGCACAUACAAUGUGCUACUUGAUUGUAUAAUUACUCAUUUCCCUAAGUGUGUAUUAAUGCACUGUUCUAGCUAACUUGCUCACCAUACAUUAUUAUGUUUUUUAUUACCUAUUUGAUUAGGCUAUAGAUUUCUGGUCAACCAAAAUAUGGGACUGGGCAUUCCACUUUCUCAGUAGGUUAGCUAUUUGUGAUUUUAGCACCUUUUUUUUGUAUUUAGGCUGGUAGUAAAUCAGGACCUUAGUUGUAUAUCUGAGAUCAUUAUUUCACACUUGUGAGGAUGGCAAAGGGAUUAUAUUUGUUUUGGAUCUUUGGGCAUUGUUCAGUGAAGGUGCUAAAUUGCACUAGCUUGAUCUUGUGGUGUUUUGAGUGUAUGAGUAAUUGUACCAGGUCAUCAUUUAAAUGGUUAUGUUUACUUUUUGUGUUUUCGAAUAAAAAGAUUCGUUCAUUGAA